UAGACUAAUGUUGAUGAGUUUGAAGAGAAUAUUGAAACCAAGACAUUUGUAGAAGAUAAAAAGAAAAUAUGCCGAUGUAUCAAUGAUAUUUGUAAAAUCAUGGCCAAGAUUUACUUAAAAAGACCUUCAAUAUCACUAUCAGAAUCUGUAUAUAAUACCAACAUGAUCUUUCCUUGUUUCGAAGCAAUGCUUGCCAUGAUAAAGAAAAAUGAACAUGCACCAUAUUUCAUCCCUGGUGAAAGUGAGCUUGCUGCAAUGGCAGUACAGUUAAAGAAAAUGGGAUUUAAAGUAGACAAAAGAAAAAUAUACAAGGCCGAUGAAAUCAUACGCUUAGCAGAACUCAGAGAUCUAGAAGUCCUUGUUUUAGAAACAGCAGGUGCUUUUGGUCAUGAUGACCAUGCCAAAACAUCCUUUGACAACUCAAAGGGCAUGUUUGCCUUGCUAGCGAUGCUGAAAACUGUAGCCGACCACUACAAAUAUGCGUCUGUUGAAGAGUUUAGAAAACUCAAACUCUAUUUCGUGCAGCCAAGUGACAAACAUAUCCGACUGUGGUCCAUGCAAUACACAGAGCAUGGGAUAUAUAACUUUGUCCGGGAGAAGAAAAUCUUGGUGGGAGAAGAAUUUGAAGAAAGGAGAGAGUACAUCACUUCAUUAUUCAAUUUUUUCUUGACCUUGAAGGUAUAUUCCUGAUUCUAAACGAUUGAGAAGAAAAAUAAUAGCAAGUCUAAUUUAAUUAUUUAGAGCUAUCUCGAAGAGACAAUGAAGACUAUUGCUGUUUUGAAAAGCCAGCAUGAGGAAAAGGAGAGGUGUAAUGACAGCGAAAACAAUAGCCAAGAGGUUCUUCUAUCAGACAUAAUAUGCCCAAGGAUUUUCAAGU